UAUAGAUUGAGUGAGCUCUGACCAAUCAUAUUUGAUUUUACUCGGAGGUGAUGGAAAUGUUGUACGCAUGCGUGCCGUUGUAGCGCAUGAGAUGAACAGAGGUAAACAGUUAAUGUAAAACGGAUCAGAAAUGGACGCCCAGAAAGAAUUGCAGCCCCCAAAACAGCAGCCUAUGAUCUACAUAUGUGGAGAGUGCCACACAGAAAAUGAAAUCAAGGCCCGAGAUCCUAUCCGAUGCAGAGAGUGUGGCUACAGGAUCAUGUACAAAAAGAGAACAAAGAGAUUGGUUGUUUUUGAUGCCAGAUGAAGACGACAAGAAGACGCUGUUUUGUUUGUCAAUGUUUUGUGCUUUUUUGUAGUGUACAUAAAUACGACAGUCAGACCUGAUCCUGGAUUACACUGUUGUAGUGAAAACUCAUCAUUUUCCAAUUCCAUACAUGUUUUUCUUCAGGUGACUGAUAAAAGUUUUUUGGUAUUAAAACAUGCUCUCACUGA